AUGACCUGUCAGUCCCUCAAGCGGUGCCCUGUAGACCAGUACUACGAUUCAGUCUCGCAGGAAGAGACAGAGGCGACACGAAUGCCGAGUAACUCGAAGAUAAAAUACAUCUCACAAGACAUGCCACCCCCACAGCCUUUAGUCCGUUUUGAUGGCACAAACAAUGUCGUUGGUGGUAAACGGUCUCGCAGAUACAGCUAUUCGAUCUCUGAAGGGGAAACAAGAAUCUCCAACAUCACUGCUGAAAAUAGUGAUGCCUUUAUCGAUGUGACACGCGACGAUAAAUGCAGGAUUCGUGAACAAAAGCACACGGCAAGAGAGCCAGGGCCACCGCGAGUUACGUCCAACUUGUCGCGCCCAGCUAAUGGCGACAAACAUCUGUGCAAUGGCCAUCCGUCAAAGAUGGAGGACGGCCACGAACCUGAAAGUCGUCCAUUGAUAAUCGAGACCAGCAACAACAAUGCACUAGCUGGCUCUACUGCUCAAGCAUCCACUGGUCUCUUUCAAGACUUGAACUCGCACAAUAAGGUGCAACUGAGACCGAAAUGCAUAACCCAAAUGCGCAGCUGCGUUGCGUUGUGCAUUGGGAAAGAUCAUCAAAUACCACGUUGGCACAAUGGUUCAGAGCUCUUGUACAACAUUUGUACAGAUAGUUUUGAAACCCCCGGGGCGGCAGACUUGGUGGCUGCCGCGAUGACGGAGGCGAUAUCCAUGUGGGGGGACAUGGAUGUGAGCUUUAAGCUGGUCAGCCGCGCCGACCCGGCUACUUUUCAGAUUAAGUUUAAGAGAAGCCACAACAGCCAUCCCAACAUGUGCGCCAAGUCUUUCUUCCCCGGGGAAUGCGGUGGCAGCUUGGUUGUCUAUGGUAAAGCUUUGGAGACCUCCAGCUACCUGGCUAAUAUUCUUGCUCACGAGCUUGGUCACAUCUUGGGCCUACGCCAUGAGUUUGCUCUCAAAACAGAGGUGUUUUCGCCUUCUGUUCGCUUUGGAAGCGAGAACCAUCAAUCCAUUAUGAAUUACUUUGAUCACCCAAGCAAACUCCAGGUCGGUAAACAGGACCGUGAAGAGUUGGCGGCUUUUUACGCGUAUGACCGGGCACACUACCAGGACCUACCGAUAGUUGAUGUUACGCCCCCGCUGAAAGACAGUUGGUGA